AUGCUCACCGAAGAAUUCGUCUCGACAAUUUGCGGACCUCCUCUCUCCUCCAAUACUGCUGUUGCAAAGGAUGUUGGCAUUUACUGUCAUACACUCAGCCCCACCUACUCAGUCAAGUCGACAUUUAAAAAGAGUUCGGUCCCAGUGAACUGCCUGGGCGUGAGCGACACACAUGUCUUCGCAGCUCAGCACGAGAAAGCCUAUGUGCAUGUCUACUCCAGGAUACGCGGGAACCAGGAGGCUUUCGUUGCCUUUCCAGAAAGGAUAAGAUGCCUCACGCUUGCCGGCGACGUGCUUGUCAUGGGGACAACAGAAGGCCGGCUGAUGCUCUGGGAGACAUGCACUGGCCGACUAGUGUCGACUCCUGCUCGCCACGUUCAGGCAGUAUCCUGCGUGGUUGCAACGCCCUACCACAUCCUCACUGGGUCCGAUGAUUCAGAUAUCCACGUCUGGUCUCUUCCACAGUUGCUCGAGCUUGACUCUACCGCAGAGCACGAACCAAAGCGGAGCCUCUCUAACCAUAGGGCGGCCAUUAUGGCGCUCUCGGCUAGCACGAAUGCUAGUAGCGACACAAAUUUCUGCGUGUCUGCAAGCAAGGAUAAGUCGUGUAUCAUCUGGAACUACCAGACCGGCGACGUGUUGCGGACACUGCUCUUCCCUAGUACUCCCCUCUGUCUCUCCCUCGAUCCAUCUGCAAGAGCACUUUGUGUAUCCUGCGAUGACGGCUCGCUCUACUUGGCAGAGUUGUUUGCCUCAAAGCCCCUGUUGGGGGCCCAGUCUGAAGAUGCCUCGACGGUGGAGCAGAUAUCCUCCCCGUUCGGCGCGACUCAAUCAGAUGUUGGACCCGCCUCUUGCCUGAGCUUUAGCUAUGACGGCACUAUGCUGCUUACCGGGCAUCCGAGGGGCCAAAUCUUGAGGUGGGACAUAGCAGAAAACAAGUCGCCUGUAGAACUAGCUAACCUCAACGCCGCCGUCACCAAUAUCGCCUUUAUCUCGCCAUUCCCAACGCAUAGGCCGACAAAGACGGUGACCAUCACCAAGCCCACACAGGCGGAGCGGAUAUACACCUUCACCGGCCAGUUCGAGUCAUACUCAGCUCCCGAAACCAGAUUUGACUCGCUUCUCGGCGCAACCAGUUUCCCGCAAGACACGCUGGAGAGCGCAAUAGCAGCCUUCUAUCAGCCGGCUGCUGAGUCCGCCGGAGAUCAGGAGUUGCAGAGGCAGAAUGAGGAGCUCUGGGAGAUCAUCAACGAGCAGCGAGCACUCCAGAAGCAAACACUCCAGCGAUACGUUGAAGCGAAGUCCAAUCGGUAA